AUGUACCAGAGCUUAGCCAUGGCAGCCAACCCCGGCCCUCCGGCGUACGAGGGGGCAGGUGGCUUCAUGCACAGCGCGGCCGCAGCGUCCCCGGUCUAUGUGCCCACCACGAGGGUCACCUCCAUGCUCCCCAGCCUGCCCUACCUGCAGAGCAGCGGUUCCUCCCAGCAAGGCAGCCCCGUCUCCAGCCACUCCAUCUGGACUCAGCCCGGAGCCGAAAGCGCCGCUUACAACCCUGGAUCUUCUCACCCUCCCGUGUCACCUCGGUUCUCCUUCUCCACCAGCACCCCCAUCCCGGCCACCUCUUCCCGGGAAGCGGCGGCGGCUUACAGCAGCUCCUUGAACCUUUCUGCUAACGGGAGGGAGCAGUACAGCAGGGGCUUCGGCAGCUCCUAUUCCAGCCCCUACCCGGCCUACGUGAGCCCCGAAAUGGCCACGACCUGGACUUCCUCGCCCUUCGACAGCCCCAUGCUGCACAACCUGCAGAGCCGAGGGACGCCCGCGGCCGCCCGCCACGCCAACAUCGCAGAAUUUUUUGAUGAUUAUUCCGAGGGGCGAGAAUGUGUCAACUGUGGGGCCAUGUCCACCCCGCUGUGGAGGAGAGACGGCACAGGGCACUACCUCUGCAACGCCUGUGGGCUCUACCACAAGAUGAACGGCAUCAACCGGCCCCUGUUCAAACCCCAGAGGAGGCUGUCAGCAUCCCGCCGUGUUGGACUCUCCUGUGCCAAUUGCCACACGACGACCACCACGCUCUGGCGCAGGAAUGCCGAGGGGGAGCCCGUCUGCAACGCCUGCGGGCUCUACAUGAAGCUCCACGGGGUCCCAAGGCCUUUAGCCAUGAGAAAAGAGGGAAUUCAGACGAGGAAACGCAAACCUAAGAACCUUAACAAAACAAAGGCACCAGCAGGCCCAUCCAGCAGUGAGAGUCUUACCCCGACCACCAGCUCCACCAGCAACAGCAGCAGCAGCACCACGACCACCGAGGAAAUGCGCCCCAUCAAAACAGAACCCGGGCUCUCAUCUCACUAUGGGCACCCCAGCCCUGUUUCUCAGGCAUUCUCAGUCUCUGCCAUGUCUGGACAUGGAUCAUCCAUUCACCCUGCGAUCUCAGCUCUGAAGCUUUCCCCCCAGGCUUACCAGUCAGCCAUGAGCCAGUCUCCCCAAACCAGCUCCAAACAGGACUCCUGGAACAGCCUGGUGCUGGCUGAGAACCACGGGGACAUCAUAACUGCAUAA